AUGGCAUCUUAUUUAGAAGCAAUAUUUAUAAGAAAUACAUAAGAUGUUGAAAACUAAUUGCUUAAAUAAAAGUUUUGUAAAGUUUUAGGCUUCUUAAAAUAUGAUUAGAGAUUAUUUCCUAGUGAAAUUACAAUUUUAUUAAAUGGAAAUUCAGAACUAAUUUUCAUUAAAGAUGGAGAUGUUCUAUAGAUGUAAGGAACUCACUUUAAUUUUAGUUAAAAAUACAUUGAUUAUAAUACCAUACAAAAUAUUCAUCCAAAUUUUGAACAACUAAAGAGUUUAUUUUGGGUUGGCUAAACUAAUGAUAAGGGAUAAAAGAUUGGAAGAUGGAAUGCCUUUUGGAGAGGUGAAAACCUCAAUGUUGGUGGAUUUUACAAUGAUGAUGGGGAAAAAAUUGGAUAUUGGAUUGAAUUAUUUGAGAAUUAUUGGGAGUAAUAAUUCAAUAAAAUAUAAGUAAAGCUAGGAUAACAUACUAAGGUGAAUAUAUUAAAGGAUAAAAACAGGGAUUUUGGAAAAUUCUUUUUGUUGAUAUUGAGAUGUAUAUUAGAAUUAACUAUUAAAUUAGUGGAGGUGGGAUGUAUGUUGAAGGAGAAAAAACAGGAGCAUGGGUUGAGGUUUUUGAAAAUUUUAGUAGGUAAUCAAUUCAAUAACUUGUAGUUGGUGCAAAAUUAUAUAGCGUGGAAGAUAUAAGAAUGGGAAGAAAGUAGGAGAAUGGACUCAAAUUUUUAAGGAGAAAGUAGUGUAUAUUUAAUUUCUUUAUAAAAUUAGAGGAAUUGGAACUUAUGAUGAAAAUUAAGUAAAGGCUGGACGUUGGGUUGAUUUGCAUGAAAACUUUUUUGAGUAUAUUAGAAACUAAAGAAAUUAGUUGGUGUUAAGUCACAUAUUAAGGAAAAUAUUAAAAAGGAAUAAAAAAAGGGGAAUGGAAAGCAAUUUUUGAAGAAAAAAUAAUGUUAGAAUUUUAUAAUGUUUCUAGUGGUAAAGGAAAUUUCAAUGAAGUAGGAUUAAAGGAUGGGGAUUGGGUUGAGGUUUUUAAAAACUAUUCUAUGUAACUAUUUUAUUAAUUUCUUAGAAAUAGUUAGAUAACAUAUAUAGGAUAAUACANAAUCUUAUGA